AUGGAGCCGACAUUCGACAUCCCCGACUCUACCGACUGGCUCGAAACGCCAUUAACGCUUCUCGCGCCGUUCGAGUCCUUCCUCCGCUGUCAGGUCUGCAAGGACUUUUUCGACAAUCCCGUGAUUACAUCUUGCAGCCAUACCUUUUGCUCGCUGUGUAUCCGACGAUGCCUUAGCACGGAGGGGAAAUGUCCUGCUUGCCGGAGCUCUGAUCAGGAACUGAAGUUGCGUCGGAAUUGGGCGGUGCAGGAGCUCGUUGAGGGGUUCAAGAAUGCUCGACCGAGCAUAUUACAAUUAGCUAAGAAGGCUAGUACCGGCGGGGAUGCUGGUGCAGCUGUAGCCUCGGAAGAGCCCGCGUUGAAAAAGCGAAAAAUAGAGCCCAAUGGGAAUGAAGUUGCCACAGAUGGUCCUGCUGAGGACGGUAUUCGCACACGAUCACGAAGUCGAGGCGUUGCACGGCAGGCUCCGGCUGCUCCGAUCGAGAUCAUGGAUGAUGUUGAGGACGACGAGUAUAUUCCAGAGGAUGGCUUGGUCCCAUGCCCUAUAUGUGGACGAAGGAUGAAAGAAGAAGCCGUUUUCCGACAUCUCGACACAUGCACCGGGGUUGCAGAGACCUCCAAGCCGGCAGCAUUUGGGUCUCUAGCCUCUGGUUCACGGAGACCGCUCCCGGUACCUACAGGGAAACCUCCGGAAAGACUUCCAGCUAUAAACUAUUCUCUACUGAAGGAUACAAUGUUGCGCAAGAAACUCAAAGAUCUGGGCAUACCAAACUGGGGCCCGCGACCUCUUCUGCAAAGACGACACACGGAGUGGAUGAAUCUAUGGAACGCCAACUGCGACUCCAGGACGCCGAAACCUAAACGGGAGUUACUGCGCGAGCUAGACAUCUGGGAGAGAGCCCAGGGGGGAAGCUCCGUUACCCUCACCGACACAACGAGCUCUGUGAUGAACAAGGACUUCAAUACAGGGGAGUGGUCGGCCAAUUAUGACACCGACUUCAAGGCACUGAUUGCGAAUGCACGGAAAAGGAACGAUGCUGCCGUUCGCUCAACAAUACCCAAUGCGUCACAGGACGGCUCGAAUGCGUCGCAAAACACCCAGUCCAUCGGGCAGUCGUCUGAGGCGACGACUUCUGCCCAGGCUGUGAACGAGGAAGGCUCAACGAAUAUCCAAAAUAUUGUUGUGAAUCGCACAGAGGUCCAGGCCGUAACAGAAUCUCCUCAAGCACUAAACGAAAUAAGUGCUGCAGUAAAACUGCCAAGUAAUAUCGUGACGGAGACUGCGGUCCAAACAACUUCAUCUGCACACAGUGAUGCCUCAAUCGAUCUGCGCAAUGGCCCGUCAAGCGAAGCCGAAGUUCAGAGAUACCUCAAUGACGGUAACAGCUAG